AUGGAUGAGCAGGCAGAGCAGCGUCUGACAUUGAAGCGCAACUUCGGGGAUUUCCUUGAUAACGACCAUGGCUUUGGGGAGUAUGCAGACAAAGUCAGGGGGUUGCUCACCAAGGAAAACCUCGACAACAACCGGCUGCGACUGGAUGUCGAUCUUCAGGAUCUGCAAAAUUACAAUGCAAACAUGCACAGGCAGCUGCUCAACAGCCCAGGGGAGUGCAUCGCUCCUUUUGAGGAGGCCCUGGAGGAGCUGGUCAGGAACAACAAUCAGAAGCAGCUGAAGGAGCACCAGCACGUCCACAUCGGAUUCACAGGCGAAUUUGGCCCGGCCAGGGUGAAUCCCCGCUCCCUGAGCGCAAAGUACAUCUCAAAGCUGGUGGAAGUAGAGGGCAUUGUGACCAAGUGCUCACUGGUGCGACCCAAGCUGGUCAAGAGUGUGCACUAUGCUGAGGCAAGCGGCCAGUUCACAACAAGAGAAUACAGGGAUGUCACGUCAAACUCUGGCCUGCCCACUGGCUCAGCAUACCCAACCAGGGACGAGGAUGACAACCUGCUCACUACCGAGUUCGGCCUCUGCAUCUACAAGAAUCACCAAGUCAUCACCAUGCAGGAGCUGCCGGAGACGGCGCCUGCCGGGCAGCUGCCGCGCAGCGCUGAGAUCAUCGCUGAGGAUGACCUGGUGGACGCAUGCAAGCCGGGGGACCGCGUGGCGAUCGUGGGCGUCUACAAGGCCGUUCCCCCCUCCGCCAAUGGCACCAUCAGCGCCCAGUUCAGGGCGGUCGUCGUCGCCAGCAAUGUCAAGCGCAUGGUCCGCGACGCAGCUGCGGCGGCGAUCACGGUGCAGGACAUUAGGAACGUGGAGGCGCUGGCGGCAGAGCCCGACGUGCUUGAGAUCCUGGCGCGCUCACUGGCGCCCUCCAUCUACGGCCACAACCUCAUCAAGAAGGCGCUCGUGCUGCUGCUGCUCGGCGGCAGGGAGCGCAACCUGGCGAACGGGACGCACCUGAGAGGGGACAUAAACUGUCUGCUGGUGGGGGAUCCGGGUGUGGCGAAGAGCCAGCUGCUGCGCGCAAUCAUGAACCUGGCCCCCCUGGCCGUCUCCACCACCGGCCGCGGCUCCUCCGGCGUCGGCCUCACCGCCGCCAUCACCCACGACGCCGACACCGGCGAGAAGCGGCUGGAGGCUGGCGCGAUGGUGCUUGCCGACCGCGGCAUCGUGUGCAUCGACGAGUUCGACAAGAUGUCCGACGCCGACAGGGUCGCCAUCCACGAGGUGAUGGAGCAGCAGACGGUGACGAUUGCCAAGGCGGGAAUUCAGACAUCGCUGAAUGCCCGCUGCAGCGUGGUGGCCGCAGCAAACCCGCUGUACGGAUCCUACGACAAGAACGAGUCACUGACGCGCAACAUCCACCUGCCGGACUCGCUGCUAUCCCGGUUCGACCUCCUCUUCGUCGUCCUGGACAACCUCUCCUCGCAGCGCGACCGCGAGAUUGGUGCGCACGUCCUCGGGCAGCACAGGUACCGCCCACCCGGCGACGACGGCAAGAGCGGGCACACCAUGGAUGAGGCUGAGGAGGAUGAUGAAGAGGGGCGCGAUCCGCAGGCUGACAUGUAUGCCAAGUACGACGCGUGCCUUCACGGGCCGCGCGCGGAGGGCGACCACCCCCCGCUCUCCACCCACUUCCUCAAAAAAUUCUUCUCUGUCAUCCGCCGACGCGCCAGCGAGAUAGAGCUGACCGGCGAGGCGAUGGAGGCGAUCGGGGACUUCUACGCGGAGCUGCGCACGCGGUCGGAGGACAGCGCUCUGCCAGUGACUGUGCGCACGCUGGAGACCGUCAUCCGCCUCUCCACCGCUGCAGCCAAGGCCCGCCUCUCCAAG